UCUCCUCACACACCGGCAGGACCGGAGCGCUGCGAUAAAAGCUGGAAGCAGGGAGACAUCCAGCUCAGUCCAAGCAAGAGAGAAAAUCCUCUACUCAAACUUCUUCUACAAAGACACUGAGAAGUAAGCGACCCAAAAGAGAUUAAGCCUGAAAACUUAAAGACCACUUGAGUUGAAAACCACUUGAGUAACCAUGGCAACAACACUGGUACUAUUAAUGUUCCUGUCUACUCUCUGCUGCAGCCUAGCAAACAAUGUGGAGCUGCUCCGCACUAAGAGAGGGACUCGUUUUUACAGAGGUGAGCCUGACAGGCAGCCUGCUAGACGGACGCUUUUGAUUAUUCAUGUCCUGAAGUCUUCAUCUUCCCCUGACACCUCCUCACAAUGUGUUGAUAGUGAGACGUCCGCUGUGCGUAAUUCUGGGGACACUUGGCUGCGAUGGAGUGGACAGCGUGUGGAGUAUUGUCGUUGUGCAUUGAGAGGGCGAGAGCAUUGUCAUAUUGUGCCCGUUAUCAACUGCUACGUGUCCCAGUGCUAUAACGGAGGAACCUGUAAAGAAGCCGUUUACACGUCAGACUACAUCUGCCAGUGUCCUCCAGGCUUCAGUGGGGCUCAGUGUGAGAUCAACACCAAUGAGAAGUGCAUCGCGGGAAAGGGUGAAGGCUACCGCGGCACAUGGAGUAGCAGCCGUUCAAGAUCAGAGUGCAUUAACUGGAACUCCACUGCUCUGAGAGGAAGGAGGUUCACGGCGAGGAAAAAUGAUGCCGCCAGUCUGGGACUGGGUAAUCACAACUUCUGCAGGAAUCCUGACACGGACAACACUCCUUGGUGUUACAUCUAUAAAGGCACUCAGAUCACCUGGGAGGCCUGUUCUUUGCCCAAAUGUCCUGAAGAAAAGAACCGAGAAUGCGCGCAGGGCUCCGGUCAGUCAUACAGAGGAACGACAUCUGUCACUAAGAGCGGCUCUCGCUGUCUGCCGUGGGACUCUCCUGCUUUAAAGCGCAAACUUAACAAUGCUUGGAAAUCUGAGGCACUGAAGCAGGGGCUGGGCAGCCACAACUUCUGCAGGAAUCCAGAUGGUGAUGUAGUUCCAUGGUGUCAUACCUACAAGAAUAUGCAGCUGACCUGGGAGCUGUGUGACAUACCGAAGUGCUUGACACGUCCAUCAGUCGCCACCACUGUUGGUCCUCGUGCCCCGACAACUAACAAUAACGGAGCAACUUGUGGUCAGCGUUUGGACAACAGCCUCAAUCACCCGGCGUUCCGUAUGUUCGGUGGCAGAGCUAGCGACAUCACAGAGCAGCCGUGGCAAGCGGCCAUUAACGCCUACCAGCCCCGUCUCAAAAAACACUUCCACCGAUGUGGAGGAGUCCUCAUUGACUCCUGUUGGGUGCUGUCUGCUGCACACUGCUUUGAGGACAGUGUCAAAGCAGACAAACUGGAAGUGAUUUUGGGAAGAACGUUCCGGAAACAGAAUUCCAGUGGCGAGCAGAUUUUCAAGGUGGAGAAGUACUGGAUCCAUGAGAAAUUUGACCAUGAAACAUUUGACAACGACAUUGCUCUUUUGAAGCUUCAGACGGACAUUGGCAUCUGUGCUAUGAAUUCUCCGGAGGUUCUUCCUGCAUGUUUGCCUGAACGUGGGCUGGUGCUGCCCGACUGGACCGAGUGUGAGAUCUCCGGAUACGGAAAAGACUCUGAAUUUUCAGCAGAGUACUCGGAGCGUGUGAAGAGAGGUUACGUUCGUCUGUGGCCCAAGGAGCGCUGCAUCCCGGAGGUUCUGUCUGGACGAACAAUUACCUCCAACAUGCUGUGUGCAGGUGACACCCGAAACAGGGACGAUGCCUGCAAGGGGGACUCUGGUGGCCCACUCGUGUGUCGUAACAAUAACAAGAUGACUCUGAUGGGUGUGAUCAGCUGGGGUGAUGGAUGCGGGCAGAGGGACAAGCCAGGGGUCUAUACCCGUGUCACCAAUUUCAUCGACUGGAUCAACAAGAAGAUGAAAGCAAACCCUGUCUAAAGUCAGAGAGACCGCAAAGAAGACCGUGUUAGAUGACCAUACCCACAACCCCAGUGGGUUAAAGAGUAAAUGUUGAUAUGUUUAUCAUCCGGAUGAUAAGCAGAUAGAACCGUAGGACUCUGUGUUCAGAGCUAAAUCCAAAGUGAUGGAGGUUUUUAAUGGCGCCGGAUGACUCCUACAGAAAUGCAGACCUCAAACCUGAGUUUUCAGGCUCAGUGUUGUUUCUUGUUUUCUGUUCUUUACUCUCCUAAAAGUGAUAGCACAUUGACAGAAACACAGGACAAGCUCUUGAUCUUUAUCAUAAUCGUUGAUUUCUUUUGGUGUAUAAAAAGAGUUGAUGUGUUUUCUCAGUUACACAUCAUAGGAAGUUAUUGAGGACAAUGAGAAAGCAUUAUUAUUCAGCCCUUAUGUCUAGCUCUAUGCUGGUUUACACGAAGAAAUCACAGAGGUAGACUUCAGGUCAGUAGCACUUUUAAUCCAACGUAAGCAAUUACUUUGCACAGUAGAGUACAUCACAUAGGAAUGUAGGCACAUUUUAAAAUCUUUGUCUUCGAGAUUAAAGGCUUAUUUGGUGUAACCAGUUUAACACAAAAAGUUAGCCUUCUUUAGUGGGUUGAUGGGAUCAGAACCCCCCCC